AUGGCCACCCUCCGCGUUCUCUCAUUCGAUGCUGAGGGCCGCCCGAUUCAGUUCGAACCCUGGCUAGAUGAUCUCCACCUGUUCUUAAUGAGCGAUUGCAAAGACAACGUUUCGCUUUUCGACCACACUUCUGGUGCAUCCGUCGCCCCUGCUGCUGCAGCUGAGCUGAGCGGACCACUUUCUCGCUCGCUGUCCCACCGACUCCUCGAGGAGCAACUCCUUGCAGCAGAGAAGAGUAUAGUCGCUGUAGCUGCUGCUCGUGGCGCUCCUCGCUCUCCUAUCUUUGAGGGGUGCUCUCCCUCUCCCCUCGCCCCCUCCUUCGCUACUGCUGCUGCUGUUGACUUCCUUGGUGCUGAGUCUGCUGGUGCUGCUUCUGCUCCUGGUGGAAGGCGCCGCAACAGCAAGGGCAAGGGAGGCAAGGGUAGUGGAGGUGGCAACGGGGGGGGUGGUGGUGGAGGAGGUGGAGGAGGAGGAGGUGGCGGAGGGGCUGGUGGUGGGAGUGUUGGCGGGAGUGGCAGUGGCAUUGGAGGCAGUGGAGGCGGAGGGGGUGGCAGCGGCGGUGGCGGCAGCGGUGGCGGCCGGGGCGGUGGUAGCGGCAGCGGAGGCGGUCGGGGUGGAGGCACUGGCGCUGGCCAGAGCCAGCAGCAGCAGCAGCGUCCCCAGACAUCCCAGCAGCUUCGUGAGUGGCUUACUCAGCGUGGGAAGUCUGGGGGUGGUGGUCGCUGCCCUUAUGUCAUUCGCACAGGUGACCGCAAGGGUCAGACGUGCAACAAGUUCCACACCCAGUGCCGCUGCUUCUCCCGCCUUGACGACGCCUGGCGUGAGGAGAUGGGCGAGGAGGUAGACCGCCCUCGCUGGCAUGAGCUGUAUCGGGCUGGUGUAGACAUUUUUGCUCUUGACUUUGAUGCUAUUAUCUCUGCUAUGUAUGCAUUGGAAGUUAGUGCUGAUGGUGACUGUUACCUGUGUGUGCCGCCUGACCCAGGUAUAGAAGGUGUUGCCUUAGAAGCACGCGAGUCUGCUCUCUCAGGUACUUCGCCUGCUGAGGCCUUGCACACCUUCACACUUGACUCAGGUGCUUCCCGCUGUUUCUUCCGUGACAGUACUGCCCUCACACCACUCCCAGCACCUGUUCCAGUCCGCUUGGCUGACCCCUCCGGGGGCCCAGUUCUUGCACGUUCCUCCACAGUGCUUCUGUGCCCGGCGGUCCCGUCUGGCUCACUGUCAGGUCUCCACCUCCCCUCGUUCUCGACGAACUUGGUGAGCAACGCUGCCCUUCAAGAUGCGGGGGUUAAUACCUUCACCCCUGCAUGGCAGCGUGUGGCGAUCUGCACGUGUGCACAGACUGGCCGUCACCUGGCCACGUUCACUCGUCGGCCAGGGUCGAGUCUUUACACACUGACGACUGCGUCUCCUCAGGUUGCUGCUGUCGGUCAGGUGUCCGCGUCAGGUUCGGUAGCCUCCCCCUGUGAGUGUCGCUCCCUGUCGCACCAGACUCUUCUCUGGCACCACCGUCUGGGUCACCCCUCCUUGCCUCGUCUACGUGGCAUGCACCGUCGCCUCCUUGUCUCUGGUCUUCCCAGGUCUCUGCCUCCCCUCCCUCCCUCACCUGCGCCGCCCUGCCUUCCUUGCGUCGAGGGGCGGCAGCGCGCUGCUCCUCACUCCUCCUCGUUCCCCCCGACAGAGGCUCCUUUGCAGACCCUCCACAUGGGCGUGUGGGGUCCAGCCCGCGUCACUGGACAGGGCGGCGAGCGGUACUUUCUGCUGGUUGUCGACGACUACUCGCGUUACACCACGGUCUUCCCCUUGCGCACCAAGGGUGAAGUCCCUGCUGUCCUGAUCCCUUGGAUCCGAGCAGUUUGUCUCCAGCUCCGCCGCCGGUUCCGGUCGUACCUUCCUGUCCUGCGUCUGCACUCUGACAGAGGUGGUGAGUUCUCCUCCGACCUCUUGCGGGCCUUCUGUCAGAGGGAGGGCAUCGAGCAGUCCUUCACGCUUCCGGGCUCACCGCAGCAAAAUGGGGUUGCUGAGCGCCGCAUUGGUUUGGUCAUGGAGAUCGAUCGUACCUUCUUGAUCCAUGCGGCUGCUCCCCAUUUCCUGUGGCCGUUUGCAGUCCGGUACGCCGCGCAGCAGCUCAACCUCUGGCCCCGUGUGUCCUUGCCGGACACCUCGCCCACACUGCGUUGGACGGGGGAGGUUGGUGAUGCGUCGCGCUUCCGGGUCUGGGGUGCUCGUGCCCUUGUCCGCGAUACGUCCGCGGACAAGCUCUCCUCCCGCACCAUUCCCUGUGUCUUCCUUGGCUUUGUCCCUGACGCGCCUGGCUGGCAGUUUUACCACCCCACCUCGCGCCGGGUCUUCGCCUCUCAGGACGUCACCUUUGACGAGUCGGUUCCUUUCUACCGUCUCUUCCCCUACCGCACUGCCCCUCUCCCUCCCCCGCCGCUUUUCCUCGCUCCAGGUCCCCCUCUGGAGGUCACUUCUGACACCUCUGGCCCACCUGAGGGGGGUGACGUUGCUGCUGACGCCCCGGCGGCGUGCCGCCGCACACCACACUUGGAGACCCCUCCGGGUUUCCCGCCGCGACCGUCCUCGCCGCCUCUGCAGCCGGUUCCUGUUGACUCUGGUGCUGCUGGGGGUGGUGCUACUCGGGGUGCUGCGUCUGGGGGUGCUGAGCCUGUGCGUGAGGUGCUGGGGGGUGUGGAGCCUAGGGGUACUGGGCCUUCGAGUGCGGAGCCUGAGGGUGCUGAGCCGGAGGGUGCUGGGUCGGGGGGUGCUGAGUCUGCUGGCGUUCCUCAGGGUCUUGUUUCCCGGCGGGGACCUCUCUCACCACAGCAGCUUCGAGGGUGGCUUGCGUGGCGUAGCCGCCUGAGACGUCGUGCUGCUGGAGCUGGAGGUCCUGCUUCUGGAGGUACUCCUGCUACGGGUGUUGAGACUGGAGCUGCUGGAGCUACUCGUAGUGGAGGCGCUGUGAGUGCUGGUGUUUCUGGUUCUGGAGGUACUGGAGCUGCCCGGACUGGAGGUGUCGCGGGAGGCGCUGGAGCUGGAGACCCUGGAGCUGGUGCUGUCGACCCUGGAGUUGGAGACCCUGGAGCUGGAGGUGCUGGUUCUGGGGGUGCUGCUGCAGGGGGUGCUGUUUCUAGGGGUGCUGCUUCUGGAGGUACUGAGGCUGGAGAAACUGGAGCUGGAGGUGCUGGUUCUGGGGGUGCUUUUGCUGCUGGUUCUGGGGGUGCUUCUGCUGCUGGUGCUGGAGCUGGGGCUGCUGGCGCUGGAGCCCCUGGAGCUGCUGACGCUGGAGGCGCUGGAGCUGCUCGCGCUGGAGGCGAGGGUGCUGCUGGUGCUGGAGGUACUGCGACUGUUCGAGCUGGUGGUGCUAUUGGUACUAGAGGUGCUGGUCGUCCGAGCGCUACUGGUCGCGGAGGUGCUCGCGCUUCGGGAGCUGGAGCUGCCGGGGCUAGUAGUGCUGCGGACCCUGGAGCUGGUGGUACGGCACAGUCGCGCCUGUUCUUCGCUCCGCCGUCUCCGUCGUCCCUGCCGCCGCCUGACACCGUGCUUCGCCAGCGUCGUGAGCCUGCGUCGCGUCCUGCCUCACCUGUUCGCACUGUUCGCACUGCUCGUCGUGUGCCUCGUCCACGUCCUCCCCCUAUGCCAGGUGUUUACACUAUGGCACUUCGUCCUUCCUCUGUUCCUCUGCGCGUUCCCCUGCCGUCUCCUCCUGCGUCCUCUCUGCCUGACGUUCCAGACCCUGAGUCUGACCAGUUUCGUGCUGAGCACCCUACUGUCACGCGUCUUCUAGCCACUGUUGUCACUGACCCGUCGUUUGAGUCUGCUGCUGCGUCUGCCUUGGUUGCUGAGCUUGUCGACUUUGCUGCUGCCUGUCGUCUAGACUACGCCGCUAGUCUUGUUGCUGAGUCUGAGUCUCUCUGUCCUCCGUCCGUCGGGGCCGCUGCGCCUCAUCUCGUGGCCAUGCUGCUUGCCCCUGAGGGAGACCCGGAUGCACCAGACAUCCCGACCCCGCGCUCUUACGCUGAGGCGAUCGCGGGUGAGUACUCCUCUCAGUGGCAGACAGCCAUGGAUGCAGAGAUGGCAUCCUGGAAGUCCACAGGCACGUACGUCGAUGAGGUUCCCCCUCCUGGGGCGAACAUUGUCGAUGGCAUGUGGAUUUUCAGGGUGAAACGGCCGCCGGGUUCUCCGCCUGUCUUCAAGGCUCGUUACGUUGCUAGAGGCUUCAGUCAGCGUGAGGGAGUUGAUUUCUUCCAGACCUUCUCCCCUACCCCGAAGAUGACCACUCUUCGGGUGCUGCUGCACGUUGCCGCUCAGCGUGACUACGAGCUUCACGCUCUUGACUUCAGCACAGCCUUCUUACAGGGCAGCCUGCACGAGGAGAUCUGGCUGCGCCGCCCACCUGGCUUCACUGGGUCGUUCCUUCCUGGUACCCAGUGGAGCCUCCGGCGGCCAGUCUACGGUCUCCGCCAGGCGCCUCGUGAGUGGCACGACACACUGAGGACUACACUUGCGGCUCUUGGGUUUGCUCCUUCGACUGCUGACCCGUCACUGUUCCUGCGCACCGACACUUCGCUGCCGCCGUUCUACAUCCUCGUGUACGUCGACGACUUGGUCUUUGCCACUGCUGACACUGAGGCUCUCGCUCAGGUGAAGUUGGAGCUGCAGAAGAGACACACGUGCACAGACCUGGGUGAGCUGCGCAGCUAUCUUGGCUUGCAGAUCACUCGGGACAGAGCACGCCGCACCAUCACCCUGACUCAGUCACACAUGGUGCAGCAGGUCCUUCAGCGCUUCGGCUUCUCCUGGUCCUCCCCACAGGCCACUCCUCUGGCUACAGGUCACUCCCUCUCAGCUCCACCUUUGGACGAGUCCGUAGAGCCGAGUGGUCCUUACCCAGAGCUAGUUGGCUGCCUCAUGUACCUGAUGACUUGCACUCGUCCUGACCUCGCGUACCCUCUUGGUCUUCUAGCUCGCUACGUGGCUCCUGGUCGGCACCGACCUGAGCACAUGGCUGCUGCUAAGAGGGUACUGCGCUACUUGUGCAGUACAUCAGGCAUGGGGCUAGUGCUUGGAGGGAAGAGCCCAGUUGUUCUGACUGGGCACUCAGACGCGUCUUGGGUUGACGACCAGACUACACAGCGGUCGUCACAGGGUUACACCUUCAGCCUUGGCUCUGGCUCUGUUUCUUGGCGGUCUACACGCUCGUCUUCUGUUCUCAGCUCCAGUUGUGAGGCUGAGAUCUACGCCACCGCCAUGGCUGCACAGGAGUUACGCUGGCUCACCUACCUGCUGACUGACUUGGGUGAGCGGCCUCGUUCUCCUCCAGUUCUGUACGGCGACAACAAGGCGGCCCUUGCCUUGUGUGAAGGGCACAGACUGGAGCACAGAACGAAGCACAUCGCUCUGCAUUACUUCCUGGCUCGAGAGUUGCAGCAGCGACUGCAUGCUGGCUCUUGCUAG